GUGGAAACACGUCAUUCACAUGCGCCUGUUUUGGUGUGGCUCCAAUUGCCUGGUCUCUUGUCCAUGCGUGAGGCGAACGUGGGUCGAAAAGACGUCCGCUUAUGGUCUUGUUUACGUAUUUGAAUCAGUUCAGUCCAGUAAAAUAUUGUGAUAGACAGUUCUGACAGCAUGUUCGCUGAAGAGGAGGAGUGGAAUGAUGACCCAGAAGCCAAAGCGCUGACCAAGAAGGUCAUCAGCAGGACCAAUGUGUCUGACAGUGCCAGUGUCACACCAAAGGGUGUUGGGAAGAAGAAGAGUUUGUUACGGACACUUCAGACACUGGGGCCUGUACCAAAAUGGAGCAAGAGCGAUAGUUUGCCUCAGGGAGCAGGCAAUGACAGCGAAACAGAGACUUUACCUACACCACACACCAAAAGGAAGAAAAAAAGAAGCAAAAGAGGUCGUAAGAAAGUGUCUUCUCAAGGAGAAGAGGCAGGACAGAAGGACAGUGUAGGUGUCAAGGAAGAGGCUCCGGGGCCUAUAGCUAAGAACCAAAUGCAGUCCAAGGAACCAGUAAAAGCAGGGUUCAAGAAAGUAAAGAAUUUGACGUCCAUUCCAGGCAGCAGUAAACCUGAUUCAAAAUCUAUCAAGGAUCAAGAAAAAGAUUCGGUCGACUCUAAAAUUGAGACAUUAAACAGAAAGCAAUGGAGAAACAAGAUGAAGAACAAGAAGAAAUGUAAAAACAAGUUCAAAGUUCAAAAUGGGGAGAAUUCCCCAAAAAACGCAAAAGCGGAGACCAUUGAAAGUGCACCAAGAAUAGCUUUGGAUGUGAACUCUGGAAACGUGGUCACCCAGCCGCAACAACCCCCAAGCAAAAACAACAAACAGCAGCAGAGUGUUGUUAAAGCACAGAAAAGGAAAAUAGUACCAAAUGGUAAAGAGAUGACAUUCAUUAAGACUGCGUCCAACCCAGACACAGAAACAGUCCAAAACAAUAAAAACAAUUUUGAGAAAAACACAAAGCAGGGCAAUCAAGUAAAAGCAGUUCCACUCAGUAACUCUAAAUCCCCACAUAUAGAGUUAAAGAAGGAUGAGAACAAACAUCAAAAGGCGGUUAGGGAGGUACAGCAACUUGGUCCACCUGGCAGUAAGAGGAGGAAACAAGAGGAGAGCAAAGUGCAGGACCGCAGGAAAGAGAAGCUCAGAAGAAUACUCGGUAGCCAGAGCUCUGAAAGGAUGGAGCAACCUAUAGAGCAGGAGAAGGAAACGCACACUAUAGAGCAGGUUCCCACAGACCGCUCCACUGCUCUGAGGUCCCGCAUGGAGCAUCGUUUGGAGUCUGCUCGGUUCCGUUAUAUUAACGAGGUUCUGUACACCACUUCCAGUGGGGAGGCCAAACGCAUGUUCAGACAGGACCCCCAGGCCUUUGGCGUCUAUCACAAAGGCUUCACGGCACAGGUCAAACGCUGGCCAGUUAAUCCUGUUGACGCCAUCAUCUCCUACAUAUGCCAAAAGCCUGCCUCCCUGGUGGUAGCAGAUUUCGGAUGUGGGGACUGCAAAAUAGCUCUCAGUGUGAAGAACAAAGUGCAUAGUUUUGACUUGGCACCAAUCAGUGACCGUGUCACAGUCUGCGACAUGGCUAAUGUACCCCUCAAGAAUGGCACUGUGGACAUAGCCGUCUUCUGUCUUUCUCUUAUGGGGACCAACCUGGUUGAUUUCCUACUUGAGGCCAACCGUGUGCUGGUAAUGGGUGGGGUCCUUAAAAUUGCGGAGGUGGCAAGUAGAUUUGAAAAUGUGCGGAACUUCAUGAGUGCGUUGUCCAGCCUGGGAUUCAAGUUGCUGACAAAGGACACCGACAACAGUUACUUCUACUCCUUUGAAUUUGAGAAGAUUGCAGAAGCGCCAGAGAGGGUAAAGAAGGCAGGAGGACUAGAGCUGAGGCCUUGUGUGUACAAGAAACGAUGAGGGCAACAGUGACACGGAAAGAUUCAAAUGUGCAUCCCAAGUAACACCCUUCUGCAUCAUGUCUGUUCCAAAGACAUAAAGAAGGCCUUGACAUACUUGGUAUAUUUCUAUUAAAUGUUUUGCAUUUGUAACUGUCAUGAAAAGUGCAUUGAUAUAUUAUCAUGCACAAUGCUUCUCGAUAUCUUUAUAAAACCAAGUCUG